GCUGUCUGCCGGAUCGUCCCUCCUGUGUGAUGCCGGGAGAGGCCCCGGGCUCGGGCCGCUGAGAGCCGUGCCAGGGAGCGAGCGUGCCAAUCCCCCGGCCGGCGCCAUGGCCCGUCUCGCCCACGCCCUCUGGAGCCUUUGCGUCACCGCCAUCCUCGUCACCUCAGCCACACAAGGUCUGAGCCGUGCCGGGCUGCCCUUUGGCCUGGUGCGGCGGGAACUGGCCUGCGAGGGCUACCCCAUCGAGCUGCGCUGCCCAGGCAGUGACGUCAUCAUGGUGGAGAACGCCAACUACGGGCGCACGGACGACAAGAUCUGUGACGCCGACCCCUUCCAGAUGGAGAACGUGCAGUGCUACCUCCCUGACGCCUUCAAGAUCAUGUCCCAGAGGUGCAAUAAUCGGACGCAGUGCGUGGUGGUGGCUGGAUCGGACGCCUUCCCGGACCCCUGCCCCGGAACCUACAAGUACCUGGAGGUCCAGUAUGACUGUGUCCCAUACAUAGAAGUGGAACAAAAAGUAUUCGUUUGCCCGGGGACCCUACAGAAGGUGCUGGAGGCCACGUCCACCCACGAAUCAGAGCAUCAGUCAGGCGCCUGGUGCAAAGACCCGCUGCAAGCCGGCGACCGGAUCUACGUCAUGCCGUGGAUUCCUUACCGGACGGACACGCUGACAGAGUACGCCUCGUGGGAGGACUACGUGGGCGCCCGCCACACCACCACCUACCGGCUGCCCAACCGCGUGGACGGCACGGGCUUCGUGGUAUAUGACGGGGCCGUCUUCUACAACAAGGAGCGGACCCGGAACAUCAUCAAGUACGAUCUGCGGACCCGCAUCAAGAGCGGCGAGACGGUGAUCAACACGGCCAACUACCACGACACCUCGCCCUACCGCUGGGGGGGCAAGACCGACAUCGACCUGGCCGUGGACGAGAACGGGCUGUGGGUCAUCUACGCCACCGAGGGCAACAACGGGCGCCUGGUGGUGAGCCAGCUCAACCCCUACACCCUGCGCUUCGAGGGUACCUGGGAGACGGGCUACGACAAGCGCUCGGCCUCCAACGCCUUCAUGGUGUGCGGGGUGCUGUACGUGGUGCGCUCCGUCUACGUGGACGAUGACAGCGAGGCCGCCGGCAACCGUGUGGACUACGCCUUCAACACCAACCUCAACCGGGAGGAGCCCGUCUCGCUGGCCUUCCCCAACCCCUACCAGUACGUCUCCUCCGUGGACUACAACCCCCGCGACAACCAGCUCUACGUCUGGAACAACUACUUCGUGGUGCGCUACGCCCUGGAGUUUGGGCCCCCCGACCCCAGCACGGGCCCCGUCACCUCCACACCGCUCAGCACCACCACCACCGUGCGGCCCACCACGGUCACCACCACGGCCUCGCCCGCCGCCACCACCACGGUGCGCAGGGCCCCCCUCACCACCCACCCCAUCGGCGCCAUCAACCAGAAGGGCACGGAGCUGCACCCCAUCACGGCCGCUGCCCCCAGCACCCGCAAGCCCCCCUCCUCCAACCAGCACGUCUCCCCCGAGCUCUUCUGCGAGCCCAAGGAGGUCAGAAGGGUCCAGUGGCCGGCCACGCAGCAGGGCAUGCUGGUGGAGCGGCCCUGCCCCAAGGGCACCAGAGGAAUCGCCUCCUUCCAGUGCCUGCCGGCCCUGGGGAUCUGGAACCCGCGCGGCCCCGACCUCAGCAACUGCACCAGCCCCUGGGUCAACCAGGUGGCACAGAAGAUCAAGAGCGGGGAGAACGCGGCCAACAUUGCCAGCGAGCUGGCGCGGCACACGCGGGGACCCAUCUACGCCGGCGACGUCAGCUCCUCCGUCAAGCUGAUGGAGCAGCUGCUGGACAUCCUGGACGCCCAGCUGCAGGCGCUGCGCCCCAUCGAGAGGGAGUCGGCUGGCAAGAACUACAACAAGAUGCACAAGCGAGAGCGGACCUGUAAAGACUACAUCAAGGCUGUGGUGGAGACCGUGGACAAUCUGCUGCGGCCCGAGGCGCUGGAGUCGUGGAAGGACAUGAACGCCACGGAGCAGGUGCACACAGCCACCAUGCUGCUGGACAUCCUGGAGGAGGGCGCCUUCCUGCUGGCCGACAACGUCAAGGAGCCCGCGCGCUUCGUCACCACCCGGCAGAACGUGGUGCUGGAGGUGACAGUGCUGAACACGGAGGGGCAGGUGCAGGAGCUGGUCUUCCCGCAGGAGUACGCCAGCGAGAACUCCAUCCAGCUCUCGGCCAAAACCAUCAAGCAGAACAGCCGCAAUGGGGUGGUCAAGGUGGUCUUCAUCCUCUACAACAACCUGGGCUUCUUCCUCUCCACCGAGAAUGCCACGGUCAAGCUGAGCGGGGAGGCGGGCGCCCCCAGCCCCGCCCUGGUCGUCAACUCGCAGGUCAUCGCCGCCUCCAUCAACAAGGAGUCCAGCCGUGUCUUCCUCAUGGACCCCGUCAUCUUCACCCUCUCCCACCUGGAGGCGAAGAACCACUUCAACGCCAACUGCUCCUUCUGGAACUACUCGGAGCGCUCCAUGAUGGGCUACUGGUCGACGCAGGGCUGCCGCCUGGUGGAGACCAACAAGACGCACACGACCUGCGCCUGCAGCCACCUCACCAACUUCGCCGUGCUCAUGGCGCACCGCGAAAUCUACCAGGGCCGUAUCAACGAACUGCUGCUGUCGGUGAUCACCUGGGUGGGCAUCGUCAUCUCGCUGGUGUGCCUGGCCAUCUGCAUCUCCACCUUCUGCUUCCUGCGCGGGCUGCAGACCGACCGCAACACCAUCCACAAGAACCUCUGCAUCAGCCUCUUCCUCGCCGAGCUCCUCUUCCUCAUCGGCAUCGACAAGACGCAGUACGAGAUCGCCUGCCCCAUCUUCGCGGGGCUGCUGCAUUACUUUUUCCUGGCAGCCUUCUCCUGGAUGUGCCUGGAGGGCGUGCACCUCUACCUCAUGCUGGUGGAGGUCUUCGAGAGCGAGUACUCCCGCAAGAAGUACUACUACCUGGGCGGCUACUGCUUCCCGGCCCUCGUGGUGGGCAUCGCUGCUGCCAUCGACUACCGCAGCUACGGCACCGACAAGGCCUGCUGGCUCCGAGUGGACAAUUACUUCAUCUGGAGCUUCAUUGGCCCCGUCUCCUUCAUCAUCGUGGUCAACCUGCUCUUCCUCAUGAUCACGCUGCACAAGAUGAGCCGCAGCACGGCCGUGCUCAAGCCCGACUCCAGCCGCCUGGACAACAUCAAGUCCUGGGCGCUGGGCGCCAUCGCUCUCCUUUUCCUCUUGGGACUCACCUGGGCCUUCGGCCUCCUCUUCAUCAACAAGGAGUCCAUCGUCAUGGCCUAUCUCUUCACCACCUUCAACGCCUUCCAGGGCAUGUUCAUCUUCGUCUUCCACUGUGCCCUGCAGAAGAAGGUGCACAGGGAGUUCAGUAAAUGCCUGCGUCACGCGUCCUGCUGUCUGCGCAGUCCCCCGGGGGCCACACUCGGCUCCCUCAAGACUUCAGCCAUUCGGAGCAACAACCGCUACUACACGGGCACGCAG